AUGCCCAACAUGACAUCUUCCAAGACGUUCACGCCAACGUCUGAGCCGCUUGCUCUCAGACCUGGAGGCGGUAGUGCCCCACGACCUCAGGCCCGCUCAGCAGGAACAGCCGAGAGGCCUGGGAGAAACGAAAGUCUAGUAGAUAUGGUUCGAUUCUUCCAGACUCCGAGUGCCACUCCUGCUCCUCAACCUCCACCUAACCCCGAACCUCAAUCGCACUCUCGAGCUCACUCCCAACCACAACCUUCGAGUCCGCCAGAUACAACUACAGCACUUCCAGUUGCCCUUUCGCCAAAGGAAUUGAAACCGGAACCCAAACAGGACCUCAAGCCGUUCCAUCGUCGGCUCUUGCAGUUUGCACAGCGCCAGAAGAAGGAAUCGACGCCUAGAUCCAAAGAGGAGGACCAGCGGCGCCAGAUUGAAGCACUCACUAGAGCGGGGUAUCUCAUUCCAGCACCUCCGCUGAAGGAGUCAAAGGGACAGAACGAGGCAAAGCGAUCAAAAGAAAGUCCGACCUUGUCUCUCUCUCGAAGCCUUUCCAAGUCGAAGAGAGAUGUUGAACACAUUGGACAGCCAUGGCUACAAGCCAAAGCCGAUGAGAGGAAGCGCUCACCGGAGGCAAGACGGCGCUUGGACUCCCUAGACCUUGAUAACUUUAGGUCAAUGGUCGAUGUCGCCGUCUCACUCGCCUCGGAUUUUGACGAUUCAGUACCGCCGCCAUAUCAGCCCACCGAUAACUCCUCCCAGCCAUCACCAGCUGUGUCGCCGUCGAACUCGCUACCAGAUCCCUUUCCACAGGAUAUUGUCACACCAGCUUCCUCGUUGGCUUCUACCAGCCAUUCCCAGAGAGAGGAAUCUGUCGACGAGCCAAUCCAGCGAUCAUCUAUCUCUGGGGGAUCCAAUCUACGUGGGUCCCCGCAGAAUACCGAUUCCGUUUCCAAAGUCACCAGCACUGCGCCUGCGAGUUCGAAUGGCACACAGUCACUGCCCUGUCCAUCCAUUGAUAGCCAAAAGCGCGAUCAACCCGAUCAAUCUUCUCUUCGCAGUGUGACUCCAUCGCAGCCGGCUUUGAAGCUCUUCCCUGAUGUUGCACCCCCUCGCAAUUCGAGCAAGGCAGCACGAAGGACUUCACUAGUUCCUCGAUACCAAGUCAUUGAAAAUGUUGCAUCCUCGCCGGCAUCUAGUUCACGAUCUGGUCCUCCCGAAAGAUCACCCGAACCUCCCAAUGGGUCGCGGAAAUCAACAGACGUUUUCACAGAUACUCCAAUCAGCGAGGCUGAACCCAAAUGCUCCGGUGCGCUUGCAACCAGCGAGGCUUCUUCUGCAGUCCAAACACCGGCGCAAACAAUCCCCAAGGAGUCUGUCUCGCAAGAUCAGGCCGACCCUCGGAGACCCUCGCCGUCUCUGGGCGCACUGAAAUCAUUCCCUCUCCCUGCACCUACAAGGCCUCUGCCAUCAUUGCCCGAAGCUGAAAGAUCGCCCAGUGCGCCUCCAGGGACUAAUGCUCGCUCUGUUCGAUAUUUCCGUUUGGGGUCAGGGUCUUCCAAUUUGCGAUCUUCUUCAUCGGCCUUGCUCGAGGAGCGAGAAAUCGAGUCUGUUGCUGACGGCCCUUGCACACCCGAACUGCGCCCAGAAACUGGUCUUGGUAGCAUGGAUGCUGGAGGGUCAAUGGCCGAUGAUGAGGAAAGUUUGUUCACCCCCUCGCUUUCAGAAUACUCGAAGCAACCCUCAAGACAGUGCCUUCCCAGGGCACGAGUUUCCAGCGUGCGCAUUCCAAAAAUGCAAGACCUUCCAGAAAGCCCUUCAGCUCAGGGAGGUGAAAAGGAUCAACCUCUAGCCGACUCCCCGGUCUUAGGACACGCUGCUCUCGCACAACCCUUUGGCAAACGUGCUACCCCGAAGGGACUGCAAAUCAAUUCCAAAGCCAGCCGAAAAAACCUGCAAUUUGGCCUGCCAACACCUCCACUCACUGCAUCCCUCCCAUCAGCUCCUCCUCAGCAACCCCUUCCCGCACCUCCGGCACCGAAGCUCGGCCAACGCAGUUUUACUACCUCUAAUAUGGCUAUGCUUUCAUCGAUGAGAAGCAUGGAUGCACUUGCUGGCUAUGGGUCAUACCGGAAUUCGACCAUCUCCCGAAGCGACAGCUCAGGAAGCAGCCUCAGAAACGAGAGUUUCCCUGAAACAUACCAACAAUUCCACCACCAAUCCCGUCCUGAGACUCCGCUUCCAUCAUCAGAUGAUGAGGUCUUUGGUCCAGGACCAAAAUUGAGAGUCACGAAUCGCAAGACUGAUAAACAGUACUCUCAGCCAACACGGCGACGCGAUGAGAAAAUGAAUCAACGCCAGAUAUCCAACCCUCGACUUCGAUAUCCUCAACAAACGCGCCCAAUGACGCCCCAAAGUCGCAGCAUGCAUAGUCUCGAGAUUCCCUCGUCACCUCAGUCCCAAUAUUCCCAAUCGACCCAUCGAUCCAGGGAAUCUCAAAACAGCCAACACGCUCGUGCUCCUCAAAUGGAUCACUAUCUCGAAGACCGUGUCGCAAAUCUGGAGCGGCAGAACCAGCUUCUCCAAGCUGCUCUUAUGGCGGCGCUCAAUGCCGGAGUCAAGAAUCCUCUCGAGGGUCUCAGUCAUCUCGGCCAGACCGCAUCCCCUGCCUUCCCACACGCGCCGUAUGCGCAUCAAUAUUCCAGCCACCAUGGAUCACGUCCAGAUAGCUGGGUCAGCUCCUCUCGCAGCAGUGAGUAUAGCGGGUUUGAGACAUCAAGCUCAUACCGAGACGGACGAGCAAAUGUCAAACAGCUGGACAACAUGAUCCAAGAUAUUGAGUCUGAAUGGCUGUCAGAAAAGUCCAGUAUCAGUCGGGUUCGAUUGCCCCGCAAGAGAUAG